AUGGGGAGGCGGCGUGGCGGGGGCGGAGGCGGUUGUGAGGCGCCGGGCCGACGGGCGACGGCCAAUCAGCGACGAGCGCGAGGGCGGGCUGUGACGCGGACGGCGCUCCUCGUGCGGCGGCGGUAUAGGAGCGGGCGCCGCGGCCAGCAGGGCCAGCCGAGCAGUGCCAGUGCCGCCGCCGCCGCCGCCGCCCGCCGCCUCCACGUUGCUUCCACGCCGCCGCCGCCGCCGCCCCCCAGCCGCCCCCGGCCUGCCCGGCAGCGCGCGGACGAGCGGCCUCCGCGCGCGGCCUCCGUGAGGGGGGCGUCCGGCCGGACCCUGAGCCUCGCCCUCUCGCGCUGCGGCCGACCGCGCCUCCUCGGCCGCCUGCCCGGCAUGAAGACCAAGUUCUGCAACGGGGGCGAGACGGAGCCCUCGCCGCUCGGGCUGCUGCUGGGCUGCGGCAGCGGCAGCGCGGCCCCGGCGCCCGGCGUGGGGCAGCAGCGCGACGCCGCCAGGGACCUCGAGCCCAAGCAGCUGGGCGGGCGGCAGCCGACCCCGCCGCCCUCGCCGCCGCCGCCGCCGCCGCCGGCCGACGAGCAGCCCGAGCCCCGGACGCGGCGCAGAGCCUAUCUGUGGUGCAAGGAGUUCCUGCCCGGCGCCUGGCGGGGCCUUCGCGAGGACCAGUUCCACAUCAGUGUCAUCAGAGGUGGCCUCAGUAACAUGCUGUUCCAGUGCUCCCUGCCCGACACUCUGGCCACCGUUGGUGACGAGCCUCGGAAGGUGCUCCUGCGGCUGUACGGGGCGAUUCUAAAGAUGCGGUCCUGUAAUAAGGAGGGAUCCGAACAAGCUCAGAAAGACAGUGAAUUCCAAGGCGCUGAGGCUAUGGUUCUGGAGAGCGUGAUGUUUGCCAUCCUUGCAGAGAGAUCACUGGGGCCAAAGCUCUUCGGCAUCUUCCCCCAAGGUCGCCUGGAGCAGUUUAUCCCGAGCCGGCGAUUAGACACUGAAGAACUAAGCUUGCCAGAUAUUUCUGCAGAAAUAGCUGAGAAAAUGGCCAGGUUUCAUGGUAUGAAAAUGCCAUUCAAUAAGGAACCAAAAUGGCUUUUCGGGACAAUGGAAAAAUACCUGAAUCAAGUGCUGAGAAUUAAAUUUACCGGGGAAGCCAAAGUUAAGCAGCUCCACAAAUUCCUCAGUUACAACCUGCCUUUGGAACUAGAAAACCUGAGGUCCCUACUUGAGUCCACUCCAUCUCCAGUUGUGUUUUGUCACAAUGACUGUCAGGAAGGUAAUAUCUUAUUGCUGGAAGGCAGGGAGAAUUCUGAGAAGCAGAAACUGAUGCUCAUCGACUUUGAAUACAGCAGUUACAACUACAGGGGAUUCGACAUUGGGAAUCAUUUCUGUGAAUGGAUGUACGAUUAUACUUAUGAAAAGUACCCUUUUUUCAGAGCAAACAUGCUGAAGUAUCCCAGCAGGAAGCAACAGCUCCAUUUUAUUUCCAAUUACUUGGCUGAAUUCCAAAAUGAAUUUGAAAACCUCAGUAAUGAAGAAAAGUCCGUUAUAGAAGAAGAAAUGUUGCUUGAAGUCAAUAGGUUUGCCCUUGCGUCCCAUUUCUUCUGGGGACUUUGGUCCAUCGUACAGGCCAAGAUUUCAUCCAUUGAAUUCGGGUACAUGGAGUAUGCCCAAGCCAGGUUCGACGCCUAUUUUGACCAGAGGAGAAGGCUCGGGGUGUGACCAGGGGAGGCCUGCCUAUGCUGCAUCCCUGGGCCGCGUGUGGCGGCCGAGCCCGAGGGUCCCUCUGUGCUCCGACUACUGUACCUGUGGCAAGAAGGCUCGGACGUCUCGCUGCCGAACACAGCUGUGUAUGAUACGAAAGACUGUAUUAAAAUUGAGUAACAUUUACUUCAUAUCUUGUUUACGAUUUCACUAGGACUCUGACAUGAGAUCGGGAAGCAGAAUUGUAGUACACUCACUAGUGCAAUAGUGCAACAUCUCAGACUCCCUUAAUCUAGAGAAGGCGUUUUCCACUGCAGUCAGACGUGGCGGACCGCAGGAGUGAGCAGUGCCGCUGCAGGUGCCUCUUGGUUAACACUGGUCUUCAAAGGAUGUCAGUGACCGGGCUGGUGGACGGCGCUGACCGACUCUGCGGGUACCAGGCGUGGAGGGCGGUGCGUGGGUGGCGACGCUGCUGAUGCCCCACGUCGUGACUGGAGUCCCGGGGGGGUGCAGACGGCCCCCGACGGUGCGGGCGCACAGAGGCGGGGACGAACGUGGCUGCCCGCUGCUGCCUGCCGUCCGUGUUUUCCUCUGCAGAUGAAUCUCACCUGAACUGGAUGCGCCCCCGCCGUGCCCUCUAACUGCACUUCAUCGCCGGGGCAGGCAGUGGGCCGUGGCCGCAGAGGGCCAGCAGGCUGGCGGGGACGCGUGGGCACACAGGCCCCCCACCCUAUCUGCUUUCCUGGUGGGGUGUGGGCUGCUUCGUCCCGCUCUCUGCAGCCUUUUCCCCUCCACCUCUGCUCAGCCUGUAGCUGGGCUCCUGCAGCAGGGCCGGCUGCCCGCCCCUAGGCAUGGUCCAGCCCCAGGGCGCCCCACCGGUGCUGGGGCCUUAGUGUGCCGGGUGUGGGGAGGGGUGUCCCUCACGUGGUCAUUCUGGUGGGACACCACAGCCCGUGUGUGGAGUAUGGGGGCGGGGAUAGAGUAUAGCUGUGAAAUCUGUAUAUGUUAAAUGUCCUUUGGGACAAAUUCUUUUUUUUUUUACUCAACUCUUAUUUGAAUUGUUUUUGUGCAUACAUUCCUGCUACCCCGAAGAUUGUACUCUACAAACAAUACAAAAAUAAAAUGAAA